GUAUUAAUCUCUGUACAGAAAUAGUGCUUCAUUCACAUCCGGUUUCAAGUCCUAUUAAAAUCUGAAGGUGUUUAUCACGUACUGCAUAUAAAUAAAUGUAAGAAACUCACUUCAGCAGUGACCUACUUCAGUAGUUCUAUAAUUGUAAAAUGGGAACUAGAGAAUUAAAUAGUGUUAAUACCCAAAAACCACAGAGGAAAACACUUUAAUAUCGACUGCAGAGCUAGUAAAGUAAACAAUUUUUAUCAGAAUAAUCUUACAUUUCUUGACCAAGUGAUGCAAUUGUAAUUUGUGUUUUUUGCAACAUUUGCAAUCAAACAUUAUGACAUUUUAUUGUAAAUUAAGUUUUUGUGACAUAUGCAAAUGAAGACCGCGGAAGCAGGAAGUGAGACUGAGAUCAUGAGAACUUAAGGUCAUUUACUUCUCCUCGAAUGAGUAGCUGUUUCUUUAGCAUCAUGCACAUGAUGAAGAUGCAGGGAGAAGAAACAUUGCAAUGUUUUAACAGAAGGACUGACAGUUUGAAGUUCAUUGUGUUUUUCCUUUGGCUCAUAACAGCUCCUGAAGGCAGAACAGGUUCAGUAAGCAGACGGUUAACAGUUCAGACUGGAGGAUCGCUCAUUAUUCCAUGUCAUUAUGACAGAAAAUACACCGAUCACAAAAAAUACUGGUGCUUUGAUGCCAAGUCAGCUUACAAUUACUGCAGUAUUCUGGCAUAUGCUAAUGAAACCAAAGGAAGAGUGUCAGUAAUUGAUCAUCCAGAUCAGAGUUUCUUUACUGUGACUAUGAGAAACCUGCAGAAUGAAGACACUGGAGCUUAUUGGUGUGUUGUGGAGAUUGGAGGAAUAUUUGAACGAGAUGAGAGUGAGCAGCUCUAUCUGACAGUUCAAUCAGCUCCUGAUGUGUCUGUGGUGAGCAGCAGUGUAUCUGGACAUGAAGGUGGUGAUAUCAGUGUUCAGUGUUUCUACAGUUCUAGAUAUAAGAGUAAACUCAAACAGUGGUGCAGAUAUAAAGAUCAGAGCUGUUACACAGUGGGGAGGACUAACACAUCCCAGAAUUCAUCAGUCCAGAUCAGUGAUGAUGGGAGAAGAUCCUUCACUGUGCUGAUGACUGGACUGAGACUCACUGAUUCUGGCUGGUACUACUGUUCUGCUGGAGAUCUGCAGGCUCCUGUUCAACUUAAUGUCUCUGAAAAUUCACAGGUUCCUUUUCUCACGGUCAAUGAACAAAAAUCAGAAUCUGUGACCACAGAAGUAUCUGAGAGAAACGGAGAUGCAACUGCUCUCUCAUCUACAACACCAGUUUCAGUUAACACUGAUCAAACAGUGAGCAGUGAAGAGCAGCAGAAUGAGAAUUAUUUGUAUCUGGAGCUGUGGAUUCCAGCGGUUGUGCUGCUGAUGGUGAUUGUGAUUUUCGUGUCAGCUGUAAAACUGAGAAAGAAACACAACAGAAAUGAAUACAUCACAGAGGUGAACAGAGUUAGAGCCAGUGACACAGGAAACGGUUCAUCUUCAGUGCUUGCAGAGAAUGAUGUGACUUACACCUCUGUGAUAGUUCAAACUAAAACUAAAGCAAGCAGUCCAGUAUCUGUGGAGGACGAGGUGACCUACAGCUCUGUGCACAAGUAGGUGGAAACCACUAAAUACCUGAACAAAAUAUGAACAAGUGAAGUUGAAACAAGCCAAUAGUAAAUUUUUCCAGGAAUACUAAUUCUGUUAAAAUUAUAUAUUUUAUCUAUCUGUCAAUAUAUUAGUGGCAUUGUGUAAGUACUUUUAGACUGCAAAAAACACAAGGUUUACACUGAGAUCAAUAUUGUGUUUAGCAUUUUACUGUACGUGUGUGUAAAUUGUUGUUGUCUGCAAAAAGCUUAAAGCAAUAAUACAUAUUUGUUAAGUUAAGUUUAGUUAAGCUGUAAUGUACUUGCUUCUCAUUGUGACAAUAAAUAAAAUUUGUCUGUUUCUGAAUGCA